AUGCUCUCGGGCAAAGAUAAUGCCCAAGUUGAUCAGAAUGCAGACCGGGAGGAAUUGAGUAACGGCCACAUUCGGUGCUCAUUGUGUAGCAGUACUUUCCGGCGGCCAGAGCAUCUGAAACGACAUCUACGGAGUCAUACAAAGGAAAAGCCGUUUGAAUGUGCGCAAUGUGGUCGCCAUUUCUCAAGAACGGAUACUCUCCAUCGACAUGAACUUAGUCACCAUGCGCCAGGGAGCGAAGGGGGCAAGGGUCGCACCCAUCGGAUCACGGUCAAAACAUUCCGUGCAUGCUUUAGUUGCGCUACAGCGAGAGUCCGAUGUAGUGGCGGCGUGCCGUGCGGACGAUGUGAUGCUCGCUCGCUCGAGUGUCAAUAUCCUACGCAACGGCGGUCUAAGGCAAAGGCCAUGCAGGAAGCUGAGGCACAGGACGACAACCUCAACCCCCUACAUCACGAUUCGAAGAAACCAUCCCACCAGAACAAGUUCUCAAUAGGCAACCCUGGCGGGGUGGAGCCAUCAUCUAAAACUUCGCUGAAAGUAGCAUCCACCACCGGCAGUGGCCACAAUCAGCAAUCCCCACAGGACGCACCUUUCAUCGCAGAUGCCUCAAACCCUCGUUUAUAUCUCACAAAUGAGACACAAGGGCUGUCUGCAGCAGCACAACUGCCACCGGAUGCUUACCCAGGAGAUAUUAGCCAGGCUUGCGAUAACUCGAAGUCCAACGCUUCCGGAGAAUUCUCGGUCGAUUCAUCCAACAAUUUGGACCCUGAACUGAGGAACCCCAAGCCGGGACUGGCCAACUCAGCAAGUGAUCUCGCAAUACCCAUGGCAACAAACCCAGAGAUGUCGUUAGAGUUUGAUCCCGCAUUUUUCGACCAGUCCAUGUUAUCUACGGUCAAUUGGCUCCCUGGCGAGUUACUUUCUGGUACUUCCAGUAGCCAGGCACCACGUUCUAUUAGCGUCCCAUCUCAAUACAACCAGUCUUUCAGCCCGGGUACCUAUUUCUCUCGGCCAGUGUGGCAACCGUCGGCGAUCAGCGCUGGGCCAACCAGUCCAUUGCAUCCAGGAAUAGCCUCCCGGACGCCGUCUUUGCAUGUUUCUCGAGGAAACGAUAUUGAAAGCCCCGGCCAGCCUGCUCGCGCUGGAAGCGAGCCUUCUCCUUAUGACGAAUCAGUGGGUUCAGCUAAGCGGUCCGCGGACUACUACGUUGAUGGUGCUAGGUCCAGACUCCCAAAGUACAGAAAGAGACUUGCACAUUGGUCCCCCUCAUCUGUAGACCCCGUCGAUGUUGACAGGCAGCUGUUUGCCGAAGACCUCGACCGCUGUUUCAACUUCCCCGGCAUUCAUGAAAUUCGAACAAAUCAGAUAUCGGAAGGUGCAGCCCGCUUUCCCCGACGAAUUGAGGCCUCCACGUACGACAAGAUCCAUCGGCAAUUCAUUCACCUAUGUUGCAAACCAAAUCCGUUCUUUGAGACGUUCAAGUCCGAGAAGUUCCCUACUGUCCAUGAAUGCAACCAGUUCAUCGUCUUUUUCUUCGAUUCUUUUCAACCUGUUUAUCCGGUUCUACACCUUCCUACAUUCGAUCCAAAUACAUGCCAUUGGCUUCUGGCUUUGUCAAUAAUAGCACUUGGCUGCCACGUAUCCGCCAUCUCCGACAUGGAACAAUGUACAGUUGCUUUUCACGAAUUCAUUCGACGAGGCAUCUAUGCUGAGGUGAGAAUUCUUUUCACGCCCGUCACCGUUGUUCCUUUCCAACUAACCAUAUUCCGGCCUCAGAAAGCAAACAAGCAACCUGGAGAUGCUUCUAUUGAGCUAAUGCAAGCUAUGUUAUUCAAUUGCAUUGGGCUUCUUCAUGGCAAAAGCGAGGAAGGAAGGACCUCGGGUUUGAGCGCUUUUGGUGACUUAGUGGGACUUCUGAAGACUUCCCGAUUAUUGGCACCACUAAGGCCAAACUUCAAUGGGCCGUCACCAAAAGAAGCCUGGAUGUCUUGGAUUCGAGAUGAGGUCAGGAGACGCACUGGCUACUGCAUAUGGCUCGUGGAUUGCACACUUGCAUACUCCUUCGAUGACCGACCGCUGCUAGUCCUAGACGACGGACAAGCUGCACUGCCCGCUCAUGAGAAAUUAUGGCAAGCGCCUUCCGCAGAGGCAUGGUUACCAUUGUGGGAGGAGUCAUCUGGUAGUUUUUUCGUUACCAAAAAGUCCCAGCAAGCACUAACAUUGACAGUCAACGAAUCCUUACUCGACGCAGUUCACAUUUUGUACAUUGAGAAGAGCGUGGUUCCCGGAAUAGGCGAGUUCAGCCAUAUCCUACUCAUCCACGCUCUCUAUCACCGAAUGUGGGAAGUGGGCGACUACUUCCGCCGACCACUAUCCUCCUGGACCCCGACAGCAAAGAAGCAAUCACGCGAGACCGCCAUUCCCACAGGCUCAGUAUGGCUCCCGGGCAUCCCAUCGUACUCUAAAUGGCGCAACAGCGCAUGCGACUGCCUUGACAUCCUUCACUGGACCGCCAACAGCACGGUAGCGAAAGCCGCCGGGCUCGAGCACCCAACCGUCCUCCACCUCCACGCCGCCCGACUAUUCCUGCUCACUCCUUUUCGUGAGAUACGCUCCCUCGCGACCGCCCUGGCAACAGAAAACCUAAGCUGGAGCAAACGACACCAGUCCCUCGAGUGGCAGUACAUCUGGCGCUGGAUGAAGCACGACCAAUACAAAGCCCGUCUAUCAAUCGUCCACGCCGGCGUAACCCUCUGGCAUAUCCGCCGCUACUCGACGAACGCUUUUCAUGAACCCGUCGCCGCUUUCAUUGCUAUUUUGACGCUGUGGGCGUACGGAUCUUGCCAUGCCCUUACGUCUCAUGAGUCGGAUCCGCAUGCUCAGGCGCGCUCGGAGCCUCUGCGUGAACCACGUUUUGUGCAUCUUGACCGGCCAUGUGAUGAUGAGCUUGUGCAGCUUUUUGUUCGGGAGGGCCACUCUAUGAGAGGGAAUAUUACUGGAGUUGGUGAUAUUUGUGGACCUGAAGGUCCCGAAGGGGUCCUGCGGGUUGGGUGUGAGAUACUGUCCGGUUUGACGGCGUGGAGUAUAUCGAAGAAGUCUGUGGCUAUACUGACUCGGCUUGCGCAUUUGAGUUCGCAUCACUCGUCUGCGCAACAGGGUCACCGGCAUGAUGCUGAGCAUGUAUAA